AUGGACAAAAUCAGAAAGAGGGGGCAGAACAUCAAGCUCUUCUUCAAGACCGACUGGAACAUCGUCCGGUUGAGGCGAUAUACUCGGCGAGGCGUGAGGGAAAUACGAUAUGGUGCCGGACGCUACUUCACGAACAAAUUUCCCAUCGUUCAAUGGAUUGUAGGAUACAGUCCGAAAUGGUUGUUUGGUGAUGUGCUUUCUGGGGUGACUGUUGGGGUUGUUUUGGCACUUCAGGCUGUGAAUCUGCCGUCGACGGCCGGCGGGGCGAUAUCAACUCAACAGACACUCAUCGCGAGUUGGCUUCCUGGAUUCAUUUAUGCCUUGACGGGUUCAUCAAAACAUAUCAGCAUCGGUCCGACCUCAGCAGGCACGCUACUGUCUCUUCAGAUCAUCGGGCCAUUCGCCGCAGCAGCUCGGAUUCCCCCAUUCAUUAUCUUGCCAGCGUUGACAUUUUGCGUCGGGAUUUGGUUCUUGGUUUUUGGCGUGUUGGGACUCGGGUUUCUGUUCGAUUUAAUCCCGAUCUCCAUCAGUCUGGCCGUGGUCACGACCCUCGCCAUCAACGUCGUCCUCGUACAGAUUCCCACGUUGCUUGGUCUGAACGGCAUACCUCCUAUUGUGCCCGCAAUCCCACCAGCGAUAAUCCAAAACUUCAGCAACAUCAGUUUGAGGACACUGGCGAUCAGUAUUUCUGCAAUCGUUUUCUUAGCGGCGUUACGUUUCGUUGCCCAGAGAUGGGGGAAGAAAAAGACUAUCCCAGGCAUGGCUGCUCGGGUAGGAUUUAGAUCGGGCAGUCUGUUGGUUGUCCUUAUUUUCACCAUUGUCAGCUUUUUCUUUAUUCGGAAUAUUCCCAUCACUCAGCAAUUUGUACCAGCCCUCCCGCCAAAUAUUCAAGGAGCAGCAGCUGCUGGUGCCGCGGGUCCGCCAUCCGCUGCUGUGCCACAAGCGUCAGUCAACAACGCCAGCACCGGUGCGACGCAGAUAGUUAUUCCAGCCAGGCGGGCCGUGCCUCAAUUCGUCCCAGGAGUUGAGUUCCCCUCUGGAAACUUCGGCUCAGGUGUUCAGCGCCGAAGCGAACUGCUCCCGACGGGCCAGCCUACGAACAUCUCCGUGGCCGCAGCGUCUGGCGCUGCUGCGGCCGGUGCCUCACCAUCGCUGCCAAAGCUGCCCUUCUGGGCAGUGUUCCCCCCAUUCACCGCCAUGAUUGUCUCGCCGCUUCCGCCGAUCUUGAACCUUGUCAAGGCGCUACUUCUUCCCAGCCUUCUCGUCUUCAUCGUGCUCAACAUCGAACACAUCGUGGUCGCCAAGACCUUCGGCCACUACCAUACGUACACAAUCUCGAAGAACUCUGAGAUGUUUGCUGCCGGCCUUUCGAACUUGGCUGGAUCAUUCUUUGGUGGAGUCCCAGUGGGAGGCGGAGACAUGGCUCGGUCGUCACUGCUCGCCGUAGCAGGGGCCAAGAGCCCACUCAGCCAAAUCUUCACAUCUGUUACCGUCCUGGUGGUGAUGAUGCCCCUGAGCGGUGCUCUGCGGUUCCUGCCCCAGGCUGCCCUCUCUGCCAUCAUCGUGGUUGCAGUGAUCGACCAGCAGCCACCUCAAAAGCUACUAGGCGACUACUUCCGGCUGUCAUUCACUGAUUUCCUCGCCUUCUUUCUGGCCUUCAACAUUGCAAUCGUUGUCCCCGCCAUUGGGGUUGCGAUCGGCACAGCAGUGGGUGUGGGGAUUUUGGUGCUGUACACCCUGUUCAGGGGCAUGUUCUCCCGACCCAAGGCCAUCUCGGGCCCCGACCUCGAGAGCAUGUACACGGAGAGGUUGGUAAGACCGUGGCAGCAGGGCGAGACGAUCCCACCGGGGACCCAGGUGCUUAAGCUGGAGACGGACAUGAUCUGGACCAAUGCGGACCGCAUCCGCAGGCACAUCGUCGACACCUGCAUGGUGCACGACGCGGGAGUGGCCGCCGACAGCAUCAACACACCUGAGCGACCGUGGAAUUUCCGGAUCCACAAGCACGUUGCGGCCUUGAGAAGGAAAUACAGGGUCUCCGACGACGACUCGGACUUUCUCAUCCAGCACCGCCCUCGUCUGCGCGUUGUGGUGCUGGACAUGACGUCGACGUCGUUCAUUGACUCAUCAGCCAUCCUGAACCUUGAGAUGAUGAAGAGGCAAUUGCGCGAGUGGGCGGGGGAGAACGUUGAGUUCCGCUUUGUUGGGCUGAACAAGCACUUGCUAAAGCGAUUCGAGCGGGCCAAGUGGCAUAUUAUUGACCCUAUGGGACCCCGUGUGGUUGAAGAAGGGGAGGAGUACAUGACCAGGGACUUGAGAUUUGAUCAUUUGCCUCACGCGAUACACUUCAUGAACCCGGAAAUGACAUUGAAUGGGAUGUGGGAGGAGGUGGCAGUUGUCAUGGGAGAUAACAUUGACAAGAUCGACAAGGCCUAUGUCUAG